AUGACACUGGCAACGGCAUGGCUAGAAUUCUAUCCUGGAUUGCAACAGAAUCCGCUGGCAAUUCUCACAUCCAUUGCUGUCAUUCUCCUUCUCUAUUAUCCCUCGCAAUGGCUGUAUCUGUACUAUUUUCACCCAUUGGCGUCUUUUCCCGGGCACCCUGCCGCCGCAUUCUCCAACCGAUGGCUCCUAAGUAAUUACAAAGGAUUUCCGGAGAGGGAGUUUGAAAAGCUGCAUGAGAAAUAUCAAACCAAAGCCCUACGCAUCGCCCCCAAUGAGCUUCACAUCACCGACGUUCAUCAAUACAAGACAGUUUACAACAACAUCCGGCCUUUCCUCAAAGACCCGGCAUUCUAUCACUUGCCUACUAUCCCUGUCCAUUCUUUGUUUGCGGAGAUCGACCCCGCGCGGCACAAAGAGAGACGCAAAAUGUUGAACCCGCUAUUCUCUCGAAAUGCAGUGUUCUCGCUGGAGCAGACCGUUCACGAAAAGACCAACAUUCUGAUCAGGAAAAUUGAGCGGAUAUGCGAGGGUCGGUUAGUGGAUAUCAACAAUGCAGUACGAUGCACCACGAUGGAAGUCAUGAUGGAAUUCGCCUUUGCCAAGGCGGCCAAUAUGCUGGAGGAAAGUGAUACGACUUUUGAGUCUCGGAUUCUUCAGGCUUUCGACGGGUAUACGGGGAGUUUGUGGGAUUUCCCGUUGAUACAAAAGAUGGGGGCGUGGGAGAUGGUACAUGAGGCAAUGGAGAUGCUCGUCGCUGGAUCGGACACCACUGCAUCAACUUUGACAUCGGGAGUCUUACAUAUCGCGUCCAAUUCAGAGGUUCAAAACAGACUCGCCAGGUCAUUACAGGAAACUGAGUUGGAUGCAAAUGGAAUGCUCCCACUGGCUGAGCUGGAGAAGAACAUUUUCCUGACAGCAUGUAUCAAAGAGACACUCCGGAUUGGUACCCCAGUUCCUGGCCGGCUGCCGCGGAUUGUUCCUAGUGACCCACCCUUCCUCGUCGAUGGGAAAGUUAUUCCUCCUGGUACCGUUGUCUCUAUCUCCACCUACACCAUGCACAUGAGCGAGGAACUAUGGGGUCCGGAUGCCAGAGUCUUCAACCCGGAUCGCUGGUUGGGCUCAGGUUCGCAAGGUCUGGAUCAAUAUUUCUGCUCUUUUUCCAAAGGAUCGAGGAUGUGCAUCGGUCAGAACUUGGCCUACGCAGAGCUCGCCACCAUCAUGGCAUGGAUUUUUCGCCAUUUCCAAGUGACCCUUCCCGAAGGAUUCGAGCCCCCGAGGCAAGAAGACCGAUUCGAACUAGCAUAUGUCACAGGUCUUCCAGUCAAAAUCAGUGUUCGAAAAUAG